UGGAGUGGGAUGAUGAUGGUUACAGGCUUUUACUGGAGGACUGAAGCUACCCAUUUGAAGAUUGUCAUUACUGUGAAGGAGGAGGAGGAGGAGGAGGAAGAGAGAGAGAAGGGGAAGAGACAAUGGGGACGAUGGAAUUGGUGGUGCAGGCGGGAGUGGUGGUCUUGGCGCUCUUGUUGGUGGCCUUCAUGAACCGUCUGCCGGGGCGGGGACUUGCCUCGAUCUUGAGGAGCAGGAGCCGGACGAGGGUGCAGGCCAAGCGCCACUUCGUCCAGGGCGCCCAGCACCUUGCCCGAGCCCGCGCCGCCCCCGCGCACUCGUCGACGGCGCGCUCUCUCGCCCGCGACGCCAUCGACGAGGCCGACCGCGCCAUCGCCCUCGACCCCCGCGACGCCGCCUCCCACAUCCUCAAGGCCCUUGCCCUUGAUAUCCAGGGUCACCGCUCCGCCGCCCUCCGCUCGCUUGAUGCCGCCCUCCUCCCCCCGGCCGUACGGUCCCUUUCCGCACAGGAGAAGGGCGAUGCCUUCUACAAGAGGGCAGACCUCCUCCUGAGCUCCUCGUCAUCGCCUCCACCAUCAUCGUCAUCAUCUUCAACUCAGGGAAUUCGCCGGAGGAAGAUUGAUUCGGCAGUUUCCGAUCUGCAGGAGGCCGUAAAGCUUAGCCCGAAGAACGUCAGGGCGUUCUGCCUGUUGGGAUCUUGCUAUGAAAGGAAAGGAAUGGUGGACGAGGCCAGGCAGGCUUUUGAGGACGCGCUACAGGUUGAUCCGUUAUUUGCCGAGGCAAAAGAAGGCAUUGAGCGGCUCUCUGAAAAGGCCGCCUAGAUGCUGGCAGGAACUAGACGAGGUAGGCCACCUCAUGUGAGGGAAACGGCAAGCUGCAUUGCUGAAUGGUACCAGUUCAAAGAAUGGUUGCUGUUGCCAAGAGUGAUGCGGCAUGCCGCGAGUCUGCUGGAUUAUUAUAACCCGAGAAAGCAUACACUUCAGUGCCGGACGUGCUGAGCAUGACACGUUGUUUCCACACUAAGGUUAGUCCUCCCAGUUCCAAUUUGAUUCUCAUGAUAGAAGGAUUCAGAUAAUCUGACUUGAUGGUGGAUCCUGGAUGUGCGAUCCUGAAAAAGUGAAAACUAAUUAAUGUUUAAGGUUUACUUGCUGAGUUGUAUUAUAAUUCUCAAACUGAUAGGGAACGGGAAAUGAGGAUAAUCAUUUGUAUCUACACUGUAAACAGUCUGAAAAUUGUGUUGUUUGCAAGUUUUCA